UGAACCCCAUCCAGUUACACACUGGUUUCUUUCUCGGAUCUCGAAAAGAAGAAACUUUCUCACCAUUUUCAGCACAGAUUCUCGGCAUCCAAACAAGAACAAGAUCUUGCACAUAAUCAUCAAAUUCUCCGCGAGUCCUGAGACGUAUUGCGAGCAAUGAGUUACAGAAGAGAUAAUCGUCCUUCCAGAUCAUCAGUGGUAGAUGGUUUUGAUAGUCUGGAGGAGGGUGGUCUAAGGGCUUCUUCCUCUUACUCACGUGAUAUUAAUGAGCAUGAUAAUGAUAAAGCCAUAGAGACUUUGCAUGACAAAGUUUCCUUUUUGAAACGAUUAACAGGUGAUAUACAUGAGGAGGUUGAGAGUCAUAACCAGUUACUUGAUCGGGUGGGUAACAAAAUGGAUGCGUCAAGGGGUAUGAUGAUGGGAACCAUGGAUCGAUUCAAGAAGGUUUUUGAGAAGAAAUCAGCGAGGAAAACGUGCUCAUAUGUGGGUUAUUUCACACUUGCCUUCAUAUUCGUAUACUAUCUUAUUAGGAUCCUAGGAUAUUUUACGCUUGGGUAAGAACGUGUUCCUAAAAGAUCGUAGAUUUGGUCCUGUGAUGGAUGUUUGGAAGAAAAAUGAUGGAAUCAUGUGGUCUUGUGCUGCAAAAUGUUGGAACCAUUCUAUUCCAUUUUGGUUGAGAUAGUUUGAGACUCACCUGUGAUCGCAAAAACUUGUUGCAUACAUGAAGCUUAAGGAAAGUCUAUAUUGUAUACUUCCUCUGUUGACCUGGUUCUGUAUCCAUUUUUUCAUAGUUGAAAAGUAUAGGUUUGAGAUAAUUUAUUAUGUAAAUUCCUGGUAUAUGAGAUGAUUAUAUUCAAUUGUAAGUAGAAAAAGUAUAUCAUAAAACUUUGUUUUUUUUUUUUC